UAUUUUGACGAGAUGGGAGCCCAAGCUGAAAUAGAUGUACGAAAUGAGUUCCAAUACCCUAGAGAGAUGCAAAAAACUAUUGAGGAUGGCAUCGCAAGGGCAAAUACUUUCAAGUUGAUAUCGUAUGACAGGCCACGCCGCGUAUUUGAGGUGCAAACAUCUUUUCGCCAUGAACGAGGUCGCAAUACACAAAUUGUGCAGAUGAAUCAACCCACGUGCAGUUGUGGGAAAUAUGAGAUACGACACUAUCCAUCUUCUCAUAUGCUCGCUGUAAUGUCUGAAUGCGGUGACAAUCCAUUCGAGUACGUUGAUCUAGUAUAUAGGCUUCCUGUAUACAUGAGGGUUUGGGAAACUAAAUUCAAUCCAAUACCGCAUCAAGAUUAUUGGGAUGAUUCGCAGCGGACCUUAAUGCCUAAUGUACUUCUUCUGCGAGAAGUAAAACGGGGUCCUAAAUCUAUGUCUCUUUAUCUGGCAGCCUUAUGCUGA